GGCAGCUGCUGGCUCGGAGUCAGGCUCAGGCCGAGGCGGCGGCGCGGAGCGAGCGAGCGGCCUGGCUCCGUCUUGCAGGCCCGGGCGGUGCUAGGCUGGCGGCGCCAUGUACAAUGGGAUAGGGCUCCCCACUCCCCGGGGCAGCGGCACCAACGGCUACGUCCAGCGCAACCUCUCGGCCGUGCGGCACAAAAAGGAGCGAACCGACUACAAGUCGGAGGAAGAGCUCAGGAAACUGGAGUCGUCUCUGGUCAAGAAGCCCAACCAGGAGAUCCUGGACCAUGAGCGCAAGCGCAAGGUGGAGCUGAAAUGCCUGGAGCUGGCCGAGCUCAUGGAGGAACAGGGCUACGCCGAGGGCGAGAUCCAGGAGAAGGUGGCGACUUUCCGGCUCAUGCUCCUGGAGAAGGACGUGGCGCUGGGCAAGGAGGGGGAGCAGCAGCCCGAGCAGAAGCCAGCGGUCACAGAGACCCACCAGUUGGCCGAGGCCAACGAGAAGAAGAACGAGCGGCUGCGGGCGGCGUUUGGCAUCAGUGAGAAUUACGUGGACGGGAGCUCGUUCGACCCCAACCGCAGGGCCAAGGAGGCGGCGGCGGCGGCUGCCAAGCAGCAGGAGCAGCAGAAGCAGUACAGCCUGGUCCGUGAGUCCAGCAGCUCCCGCUCUCCAUCCCCCAAGCAGAAAAAAAAGAAAAAGAAGAAAGACAGAGGCAGGUCAGAGAGCAGAUCCCCUUCUCGAAGGGAGAGGAAAAAGAGCUCUAAGAAGAAGAAACACAGGUCUGAAUCAGACUCAAAGAAGAGGAAACACAGGUCUCCCAGUCCUAAGAGCAAACACAAAGCCAAGGAGAAGAAGAGAAAGAGAUCCACCAGCGAGUCGGCGUCUCAGAAGGGCCGAAGAGGUCGCUCGUCCUCUCCAGACUCCUCCUCCUCCUCGGACAGCUCGCGGAGCAGGUCCCGGAGUGUCACCACUCAGAAACGGGCCUCCCGGCCCAGCGUGACCCCCCCAGCACCGCCGCGGAGGAGAACCGACCCGGAGGGCGCCCCGAAGGAUGCCCCCAAGAGAGAUCGCUCGGCAUCCCCCGAGGUCAGCCCCCGGGAGAGCCGAGAUAAGCGAGAGAAGCCGUCGUCUCGGCGCUCCCCCCCGCCAGCGUUCCUCCUCCCCAUCGCCUGUCUCCGAGGGGAAGCAGAAGGACAAGGAUCGCCCCCGGCAGCAGAGCGCAAAUCCACCCCUGCCCCGACCUCGGAGCGUGAGCCCCGUCCUCAACGCCGCUCCCCGUCCCCCGAGCCGGCCCGGGAGAGGGCCUCGUCCGGCCACAAGCACCCACCCUCCAAGGAGACCAAGUCCCCCCGUUCCUCCUCCCCGCCCCCCAAAAAGCCGGUUUCUGAUCGCCCCAAGAGCCCGUCCCUAGCGGCUGCCCCCUCGGCACCGGCCACCACCCGGAAGGCCCCCUCCCCCCGGCCGUCCCGCUCAGGUUCUGAGAGCGACGAAGACUCGUCCUCCUCUUCUCCCGAGCGGGAGAAGCCGGCCCUGAGCAGGCAGGAGAAAUCGAGGGGCUCCCAGCGCCGGGACCGCUCCAGUUCUUCCCCGGAGCCCUCCCAGCCUGCUAAGGCUGCCCCGAAGCCCUCAUCCCGGCGUGAGCGAUCCGGCACCCCGGCGAAGAGCGCCAAAACCCGCUCCCUCUCAAAGAGAGAUGCCAAGUCACGCUCCCGGACACCCCCUUCCCGCAGGGAGCGUUCCCGCACCCCGCCUCGCCGGGGAGGCCGUUCCCGCACCCCGCCCCGCCGGGGGGCCCGUUCCCGCACGCCACCGAGACGGGGCCGGUCCCGAUCCCGGAGCCCCCAGUGGAGAGGCAGGUCCCGGAGCCCCCAGAGGUGGGGACGGUCCCGUUCCCGCACUCCGCCCAGGUGGGGCAAAUCCCGUACGCCCCAGAGGAGGGGGAGAUCUCGCAGCCCUCAACGGCGAGGGUGGUCCCGCUCCAGGACGCCCCAGAGGCCUGGCUGGUCUAGGAGCCGGAAUACAGCAAGGCGGGGUCGGUCUAGAACCCCGCCCCGUCGAGGCAGGUCCCGGUCUAGAACCCCGCCCCGUCGAGGCAGGUCCCGGUCUAGAACCCCGCCCCGUCGAGGCAGGUCCCGGUCUAGAACCCCGCCCCGUCGAGGCAGGUCCCGGUCUAGGACCCCGCCCCGUCGAGGCAGGUCCCGGUCUAGAACCCCACCCAGGCGAGGCAGGUCCCGGUCUAGAACCCCACCCAGGCGAGGCAGGUCAGGGUCCUCUCCCAGGCGGGAGAAAUCACUGACUUCAGCCAGGAGGAGCCGCUCUGGGUCGUCAGCCGAGCGGAGGAAGAAAUCCAGGGUGCCCCUGCGGAGGAGCCGGUCGGACUCGUCGCCAGACGUGAAGCAGAAAUCCAGGAAAGUGUCAAGACGCAGCCGCUCCACAUCGUCCCCUCGGCUACAGAAGAAAUCCAGGUCAUCGGCCCGGAGGAGCCGCUCUGGCUCAUCCCCUCGGCCAAAAAAGAAAUCCAGAUCAUCCCCUCGGAGGAGCCGGUCAGGGUCAUCUCCAGCGCUGAAGAAGAAAUCCAGAACGCCAUCCAGAAGGAGGAGAAGGCGGUCUGGAUUGUCUCCAGCACUCAAAAAGAAAUCCAGAUCACCGCCUAGAAGAAGCCGGUCCGGAUCUUCUCCAGAAGUGAAAAAGAAAUCCAGAUCACCCCCAAGACGAAGGAGGUCUGGAUCUUCUCCACUGACGAGAAAGAAAUCCAGAUCACCACCGAGACGAAGUAGGUCUAGGUCCUCGCCAGUGUUGAAGAAGAAAUCUAGAUCGCCGCCGAGACGAAGCAGGUCUAGGUCCUCGCCAGUGUUGAAGAAGAAAUCUAGAUCGCCCCUGAGACGAAGCAGGUCUGGGUCCUCUUCAGUGGUGAAGAAGAAAUCCAGAUCACCACCUGUGAGAGGCCGAUCUGGGUCGUCUCCAGCAUUGAGAGAGAAAUCUAGAUCGCCCCCGAGACGAAGCAGAUCUGGAUCAUCUCCAGCGGUGCGAGAGAAAUCUAGAUCGCCCCCGAGACGAAGCAGAUCUGGAUCAUCUCCAGUGGUGCGAGAGAAAUCGAGAUCGCCCCUGAGACGAAGCAGAUCUGGAUCAUCUCCAGCGGUGCGAGAGAAAUCGAGAUCGCCCCUGAGACGAAGCAGAUCUGGGUCCUCUCCAGAACAGAGAGAGAAAUCCAUAUCACCUCCUGUGAGAGGCAGGUCUGGCUCCUCUCCUGGGUUGAAGAAGAAAUCCAGUUCUCCUCCAAGGCAAAGUGGGCUUGGAUCUUCACCAGCUUUGGAAGGGAAAUCCAGAUCUCCUCCAGGGAGAAGCAGAUCUGGAUCCUCUCCAGAACUGAAGAAGCUGUCUAAGACCUCUCCAAGACACAGUGGUGCUGGGUCUUCUCCAGUGGUGGAAGAAAAAUCUAGUUUGCCUCUAAGAUGCAGCCAGUCUGGAUCCUCUCCAGAACUGAUGAAGAAAUCCAGAUCACCACCUGCGAGAGGCAGGUCUGGAUCCUCUCCAGAACUAAAUGAUAAAUCAAGCUCCCCACUCCCAAGACAAAGCCAAUCAGGAUCCCCUCCAGAACCAAAAAAGAAAUCUAGAUCACCUCAAAGAUGUGUUAAGCCUGGUGCCUCUCCAGUGGUAAAAGAAAAAUCCAGAUCUCCCCAGCCAUGGCAAAGCCGAUCUGGAUCCUCUCCAGAAGUGAAAAAGAAAUCCCCAUCACCACCCAUGAGAGGGGCGUCUGUAGAGCAAGCAAAAUCCAGAUCGCCUCCCUCGCUGAGCGGAUCUGGAUCAUUGUUGACACUGAAAGGGAAAUCCAAUUCGCCUCCAAGACACAGCCGAUCCGGAUCCUCUCCAGGGUCAGGAAGCAAACUUGGAGCAGUUUCAAAACACAACAGGCCCGUGGUUUCUCCAGAAGCUACAGAGCUAGUGAGAAUUUUAGCAGGUCAGGUCAAGCCGAUGUCUCCUGAGGCAAAAGACAAAUAUGGAACGUCCCCAAGAAGGAGCAGAUUGGGGUCAUCCCCUGGCAUCAGAGAGAAAUCCAGAACACCUCCGAGCAGCUCGGAGUCUUCUCCAGAACGGGCAGAAAUAUCCCGAUCGCCUCCCAGGCCGCGAGAGAAAUCCCGAUCGCCUCCCAGGCCGCGAGAGAAAUCCCGAUCGCCUCCCAGGCCGCGAGAGAUCCCGAUCGCCUCCCAGGCCGCGAGAGAAAUCCCGAUCGCCUCCCAGGCCGCGAGAGAAAUCCCGAUCGCCUCCCAGGCCGCGAGAGAAAUCCCGAUCGCCUCCCAGGCCGCGAGAGAAAUCCCGAUCGCCUCCCAGGCCGCGAGAGAAAUCCCGAUCGCCUCCCAGGCCGCGAGAGAAAUCCCGAUCGCCUCCCAGGCCGCGAGAGAAAUCCCGAUCGCCCCCGAGGCCGCGAGAGAAAUCCCGAUCGCCUCCCAGGCCGCGAGAGAAAUCCCGAUCGCCUCCCAGGCCGCGAGAGAAAUCCCGAUCGCCUCCCAGGCCGCGAGAGAAAUCCCGAUCGCCUCCCAGGCCGCGAGAGAAAUCCCGAUCGCCUCCCAGGCCGCGAGAGAAAUCCCGAUCGCCUCCCAGGCCGCGAGAGAAAUCCCGAUCGCCUCCCAGGCCGCGAGAGAAAUCCCGAUCGCCCCCGAGGCCGCGAGAGAAAUCCCGAUCGCCCCCGAGGGCCGCGAGAGAAAUCCCGAUCGCCCCCGAGGCCGCGAGAGAAAUCCCGAUCGCCCCCGAGGCCGCGAGAGAAAUCCCGAUCGCCCCCGAGGCCGCGAGAGAAAUCCCGAUCGCCCCCGAGGCCGCGAGAGAAAUCCCGAUCGCCCCCGAGGCCGCGAGAGAAAUCCCGAUCGCCCCCGAGGCCGCGAGAGAAAUCCCGAUCGCCCCCGAGGCCGCGAGAGAAAUCCCGAUCGCCUCCCAGGCCGCGAGAGAAAUCCCGAUCGCCUCCCAGGCCGCGAGAGAAAUCCCGAUCGCCUCCCAGGCCGCGAGAGAAAUCCCGAUCGCCUCCCAGGCCGCGAGAGAAAUCCCGAUCGCCCCCGAGGCCGCGAGAGAAAUCCCGAUCGCCCCCGAGGCCGCGAGAGAAAUCCCGAUCGCCCCCGAGGCCGCGAGAGAAAUCCCGAUCGCCCCCCGAGACGCAGCAGGUCUGGCUCAUCUCCCAGGCCGCGAGAGAAAUCCCGAUCUCCUGCUAGGUAUGGCAGUUCCGGCUCUUUUCUGAGAUCUAGAGAGAAAUCCAGAUCUCCCGCAAGGUACAGCAUAUCCGGCUCAUCUCUAAGACUUCAAGAGAAAUCCAGAUCCACUCCAAGGCGUGGCAGGUCUGGCUCAUCCCCAAGACCUCGAGAGACGCUGGGGGCAUCUCCCAGAAGCAGCCGCUCUGGGUCGUCUCCAGAGAGACCCAAGGGCCCGACGAGGCGUGGCCGGUCCAGCUCUCCCUCCAGAAGGGGGAAGUGGAGAUCUUCCCUGCGGCGAGGAAGAUCUGGGUCGUCGCCCAGGAGAACCCGGUCCCGGUCCAUCUCCAGACGAGGCAAAUCCAGAGGCUCCCUGCGGAGGGACAGAUCCAUCUCGUCGCCCGGCAGGAGCCGCUCGAGAUCCACCUCGCGAUUCUCCCGCCGCCGGGAGCGCUCGCCGUCCUCGCCUCGCCGUAGCAGAUCCCGCACGCCACCCCCGCCGAGGCCGAGCGGGGUCCUCCCCCCGCGCCGCGGCUCCCGCCAGCCCCGCUCCCGCUCCCCACCGAAACUGGAUGUCUCCCGCACCCCAGCCUCUUCCUAUCGUGGCCGCUCAAAAGCGUCGCCGGCCAGGACCCGAUCAGGCUCGGGCUCGCCGAAACGAGCCGGGAGGAGGUCCCGCUCGCCGCCGGUGCUGGAGAAAUACCCCAAAGUGGGAGCGGCAGACAAGGCAGCACCAGGCAGAGCUGAAAAGACGUCGCCCGUGGUGGCGGUGCCCAUCCGGCGCAGCCCGUCCCGCUCCCCGCCGGCGCCGGACGAGGCCUCCCCCAAAACCAGGAAAGCCCAUUCCCCUGCCCCCAAGAUUCACUCCCCGCGGCCGGAGGGGUCCCUGGGGGCAGUGAGGAAUGGGGGUCCGGCGCCCGCCUGGACCCUGAACUCCUGCCCUGCGGCCCCUGGGGGCUCCCCGCCUGCCGGCCGUCUCCCCGUAGCCAAAGGGCUAGAGAAAGUCAGAUCUUCCUCCUCUUCCUCUUCCUCCUCCUCCUCUGCCUCCCACAAGGUGCCCAGCCCCCUGCCCGCCCCACUCCCGGUGCUGCCCCCCAAGGAGGAAGACAGGGAAGGCCCCAAGGUCAAGUCGGAGCCGCCAGCCCCGGAGGUGCCCCGGGAGCUGCUAGACAAAGCCCGGAGCGGAGUCCCCAAGCCGCUGGUGUCGCUGCCGGUGCCCCCCCGCACCCCGUCCAAAGAGAAGAGGAGCUCGUCCACCUCCUCGUCCUCGUCCUCCUCGUCCUCUUCCUCCUCCUCGUCCUCGUCGUCCUCCUCUGACUCCAGCUCCAGCUCCUCAGAGUCCAGCCACGACUCCCCAGCGAGCAAGGGGCCCGACCUGGAGACAGCGAAGAAAGAGCCCCCGAGCCCGGUGCAGAAAGAGCCGGCCCGUGAGGGGCGUCCCCUGGAGGUGGCCAAGCGGAAACGCCGUUCCCGAAGUUCCAGCAGCUCCAGCAGCAGCUCGUCGUCGUCGUCCUCCUCCUCGUCUUCGUCCUCGUCUUCCUCCUCGUCCUCGUCCUCCUCUUCCUCGUCCUCUUCUUCCUCCUCCUCCUCGUCCUCCUCCUCCCCCAAGCCGGGGCCCCAGCCACAGCCCAAGGCAGCCCCCAAGAAGCCCUCGCCCGAGCAGAGGCGCUCCCGGAGUCCCCGGAAGCCGAUCGACUCCCUGCGCGACUCUCGCUCUCUCAGCUAUUCCCCGGCCGAGCGGCGCCGGCCCUCGCCCCCGGAGCCCCCCCCGGCCCAGCGGGACCGGCACAGUGACAAACCCUCCCAGAGGAGUCGAGGAACCAACAGCCGCUCCCCGGGUCGCAAGCGCAGGCGGGAAACGCCCAGCCCCCCCCACGCUGCCCGUCGCCGAGCGUCCCGGUCGCCGUAG